GAGUAGUGUUUGUGCCUUUGAGAUUGAGAAACGGCAGAAAUACUCUGAAAACAGCUGCUGCAGCAUUUAUUUAACUAUACAUGUGAUCAUACUUGACGUUUUUUUAAAUUCACACAUGCGAGUGAAAUGCUCGCACUGUGGAGCCAUGACCACUCGUCAACGUGGCUGUUGAAAUAGACAUCUUUACCCGCAAAUGCCAAAAUCUACACGCGGGGGCCCUGUAUAUCAACUGCAAAGACAUACAGUAUUUUUCACAUUUCUGGUUAUUUUUAGUGCAGCUGCAGUAUGACAUUAAGCUUAUUGUGAGCCACACAGAAAUACUAGAACAACCUCGUUUCUUCCAUAGAAAUAGAAUCACGAACUCAUUCUAGUUCCGUGACAACUUCAUUAUCGAUGUUUAUUCUACAGUAUGUCACGUUGACUACAGGGAACAAAGGGUCACUUUAAUGUUACUAACGCCCAACCGCAGCCUCCAACUUUCACUUUCACUCAAUAUUUAAAAGGUCCAAUGCCAGAAACAUGAUCCUGUCAACAUCCACCAGCCGAGAAUGAACACUUACCUAAUUAUCUUAUGCGUGCUGUCUGAAGCCGUCUCUGUCAACGUCGUAGCUAGAGGAGACACCAGGGUUGACUUCAAUGCCGACGCAUCAUAUACCUGCACCCAUGCGGACCCGACAGGUGUGCUGCAAGUCACCUGGCAGAGGCUGUUCAAAGACGACUCGGUGGAGAAUCUGGCCACCUACAGCAAGCGGUUUGGCGCUCAAAUCAUAGACCCGCACCGAGGCAAGGUGGUUUUCACGGAGGCAUCUCUCAACUCGACGUCCAUUACCGUGAAGAAUGUAACAUGGUCGGACGACGCCUGCUAUAUUUGUUCCUUCAAUGUUUACCCGAGUGGUUCAAUACGCAAGCAGACUUGUCUUACCGUUCAAGGUUUAUCUGAAGUGAGAGCCACAAUGCAAAAAGUCCCCAGCACUGAACCUAAAGCAGACAUGGAAGUUGUGGUCAGCUGCUCUGCCACAGGUAAACCAGCACAUUGGAUCCAAUGGAACAUUUCUGCAGCAGCACUCAUAAAGACACCUAACAACUGGACUGUCAUUAACAAAGACCAAACUGUCACAGCCAUUAGCAACAUCACCCUCCAACUGUUGCCAGGCUCAGGGGGAUACGUGGACUGUAUCGUAAACAAUGGGAUGAGGACACAGAGACACGAGCGGGUCCUGCUUCCUAUUCUCCCUGGAGAGAGGGAGGUUGAAGAGGAUGACAAGAGGACAUCCCCGUGGGCGGUUGGCAUUCCAGUAUUCCUAAUCGUUUCCACUUUAGUCAUCUGCGGUGUCAUGCUUCAUAUGAAAAAAGGUUACAGGCAAGCAGCAACCACAGCAGACGAGCAGGACGCUUUUGGGGAAAGUGUGUAAAUGUUCAUCUGUGUUGAUUGCUAUACUUAUGUACUUUAGCUGACAGAGGUUUUUAAUUGAGCAUCGGAGGCUGUUGGUAAUUAGAGCCCAGUUCCUCAAGACAUGAGAUCCACUAAUACGUCUAAAAUGUCUCAACCAGACUACUAAUCCAUCUUUAGAGUAUUACAGUAUAUUCUAAUUGUAUGACAAAGGUCAUAUUAAAUGCAUGGCGACUAGCAAGAUACAGUACUACUAUUCAUGAAUGAGGAUGAGACUGUCUGGGAGUCUUGGGAGCAUGAACAGUAUGCAGGCCUUCCUGUUCUUUAUUAGUAUUCUUUAUUAUCCCAGCUCCUACGUUUAGAAGGAUGUGGUUAUGACAAACAUUUCUAAUGAGACAGUCAGACAGGUAGAUGCAAUGUGUACUAGAUAUAUUGAACCUUUUUGAGUUGUCAGUCAUAUUUAUUUUCCAGUCAUAUGUAAGCUAAUUUACACCUGCACCAUACAUUACAUAAUGUCGCUAAUACUGUUUUUUUCGUUUUGAAAUUGCACUUUAGUUGUGAGAUGAGUUUUGUCAGUGAGGAAAUAUAAUCUAUUAGAACACAGCACCACCUACAGUUGACUUUAUGACACACCAGGAAGAAGACAGGAGAGAAUAUCCUAUUUAUUUUAACUUGAAUCCAUUUAAAUAUGAUAGCACUUGUCAGUGUGAGGUUUAUGCUGUUAUUAUUACAUACUGUACCUAUAGUAAUACAGAUACAUGGAUGUUUUACCUUCUUUGUUAUAUCAAUACAAUGUAUGAAUGUAUUUGAGCCCUGAAAAUAUAAUGGUGAUGAUAACAAUGUUUUGCACUUUGAUUGAUUGUUUGAUACACUUAAAUCUAUUGAACAAGGUACGGUAUGUCAAGGUUUAGUUCCUGAUUGUAUUUAUUCUGAUCGUGGAUGUUGCUUGUUGUGUUUGACCCCAUUUGAUUUGACACUGUUUAUAAAUCAGGCUAUUAUUCUCACUUGAUCUGUUCAAUGUUUUAUAUUGUUUAAGAUUCAAAAGCAUUCUUUAAAUAUAUUGUGUUCCCUCCUGUUUGCUAUAAAACUAUAUGCUGUUCUUAAAAAAUCA